AUGCCUCAUCUCGCAGAUAUCAGCUAUUCGCAGGAAACCACCAUCGCUGCUGUGCACUACUACUAUCAGUUCCUUACAAAGCCCUACCUGCCACCGUCCAGCAUUAUCGAGCCCCCAGAGGGCAGCUGGCCUCAGAUCACCAAGGAAAGCAUAGGCCACCUCGGCAAAACCGACGAGGUCAUCGAGCUGCUCCGUCACCUGCCCUACAUCCGCGAUGAUGGGGAAAAUGAGACACCCGAAGUAGCGCCGGGCACCCGCUUCGUCGACUGGGCACGCUUUGCGACAAGAAAUUGGGACCGAGAGGGCGUCCUCCUGGCUACGGACGGCGACGAGUGGGAGCAUAUGCCACCGCACGUCGUUGGCCUGGCCAUGGAGACACGCUGGUCGUUCAACUUCCACCUGGACACGAAGCUCGGCGUCAUCUACUGGGUCAAGUGCCCGCAUGCCAUCAAAUGCGCGCCGUCGAUGGAGCCGGUCCUGGACGACGCCGGGGACUACGCGCCCGAGGAGGAGCGUGGAUAG